AUGCUAGAAGAAACGGUUGUGGAAAACAACCACGAUCAGAUCCUGUACUGUCAGCAUUCUCACGAACUCACAUUUUCUCCUUUACAAGCAGUAUCCAGAAUUUAUGUUAUUCCUGUCAUUUGUGCAUUUGGUACGCUGGGUAAUACGGUCAAUAUAUGUGUUUUUACACACAAACAGGUAUCGAUCAGUGAUUUGGUUAUGUUCUUGGCCACAUUCUUCGUCUUUUCGGUGCCGGUGAUUGCGGAACAGUCCGAGGAUAUAUCGCUCAUUAACAUUUCUCCCCCACUACUUGUAUUUUUUUAUCCAAUCGCUCAUGUUGCCCAUACUUGUGCCGUUUACAUGACAAUACUUGUAUCCGUGCACCGCUAUCUUGGUAUAUGCCAUCCGUUUUUGGUACGCCGCAGCGGGCAUUCGCGAUCAGUUCGCCUAGCUAUAACAAGUGCUGUCUCUUUUUCUCUGCUCUUCAAUCUACCACGCUGCUUUGAACUACAGAGUGUUCCAUGUCAAAGCGAAACAUUUCACUGGUGA